UGGCAGAGAAGCAAACUUUAGGGUGCCUGAAUGUCGAAUGUCGACUGUUGGGAAGUAGAUAUAUACACUAAAAAUCAGUGGCUCGUCAUGACAAUAGUUCUUAUUGAACUCGGGAACAAACAGACACCUCAGGGAUUUUCGUAGUCCAUUGUUGAGCAUUUGAUCAGCUUCGACUAGGAAAGAUAUCACAGAUGUAUUUGCAUGUUGGAUGUGCACCCUGAAGUCUGCUCAAAACUCCAGAUGAAGUUGUGUGCAGUAUUGCUGAAAACAUGAAACUCAGAAGUAGGGCUCUCAAUCGAUGUUCCUCCAGCCGUAUCAGCUAAACUCCAUCACAGCAUUUUCUUUUUUGUUUCCUUCCAAAAGCAUGUUACGAACGUAUGAACUUAUGUACUAGUUACAUGUGUACUCCCUACAAACGCACACACGCAGACUGCCCUGUGAGCACAUUCGAAGACCUCUCAACAUAUUCGAUGCUAAUUCGGAUCGCCGGUUUGUUUGUUGUCACACGUUCGAAGAAAAAUAUACUAGUCGUAUAAUGAGUCGCGCAUCCAAAGGGAAGAGCCAGCGCAACGCGAAUGCAAAGCCUGCAGCAGCAGAUGCAGCGCCGAGCGAAAUCUCUACUGCUACCUCGCAUGCGGUUGCUGAGAAGACACAGCAAUCUCACGACGAACCCAUCGAGAAGUUCGUCCCUAAUUCGGAGGAGGAAUUCGCCGAGUACGCCGAGCGCAUCGCGAGAGAUCUCCUUCGGCCUUACGAGAAAAGGUACCAUUACAUCGGUCUGAUGAAGGCGAUGAACAGGCUCGCCGUGGCGUCGCUGACGCCCGGGAACAUCAAGGAGAUCGUGUCGUCCAUGUCGACGGCGGCCAACGAGAAGCUCAGGUCGGAGAAGGCGGCCGACGCCGGCAAGAAGAAGCCAGGGCAGAAGAAGAAGAGGCUUCGUGUCAAGAAGGCCGGAGGGCAAUGGUCUCGUAAUGCUGGCGAAGAUUAUGCCGGCGACGGCGAUCAUCUGUCAUCUUAACUCAAAAGGAUCUGUUAAUUUGUUUCUAUUUGCAACCGUAGAUGUGUCUUACAAGACUCAGAUUGAUGUUUCUAGAUUCUGUUCAUCCCACUGUAGACGAUCUGUCAUACGUGAGGGUUCAGAUGAUCCUUCAUGGGUAGUAAUAACAACCAAGCAAAAGUAGCAGGCAUCGCAUGCAUUUCAUUCCAAA